UUUUUUGUGGGAAUUUAACUACAUAUAUUUUCAUUAAUAAAUUGGCCGUUCCUUUUAUUUUUACAAAUCAAAAAUGCAACAUCAGUUUUGGAUAACAAAAAAAACGGUGCAGAGAAAAUUGGGUUCAAAGGAAGAUAAUCAUAUUAUAUCCUCCGAUGCCGAGCUCGACGCUAAAAUAGAAAUUUUCAGAUCUAUUGAUGAAACCAGUGUACAACUUGGAAAAAUUAUUGAUCUAUAUCAAGAACGUGUAUGUGUAUUGUCUCAAGAAGAAAGUGUGUUUGGACGCUUUCUAAAGGAGGCUGGCAAACGCAGUAAAACAACGGGGCAAUUUAUAACAAAUACGGGUAAAGCUGUCUCCUAUAGUGGACAGCAGAGAAUGUGUGUCCGGGUGCCCCUAUUGAGACUUCAAAAUGAAGUUAACGUUUUCCGAGCUCGUGCUAUAAGUGAUAUGCAGAGUACGUUGACUUCUAUGGAAAAAGAGCGUACAGUUUAUCGUGCUGCUCUUGAAUGGAUGAAAUCCGCUAGCUCAGAAUUGGAUCCGGAUACUGGAAGAGGAUUAGACAAAUUUAGAACUGCACAAUCACAUGUUAGGAUAGCGAAGCAAAAUUUUGACAAGCUUACUUUGGAUUCAAUUCAAAAGAUUGACCUGCUAGCAGCUGCCAGAUGUAAUAUGUUCUCACAUGUGCUAAUAUCAUACAUGAUGGAGCUGAAACAAUUUGCCCAAAAAACGGCCAACACAUUUGACGCAUUGGCCCAAUCUUUACAGCUGAAUCCGAAAUAUGACUUCUGUAUUCUGAAGGACUUGACACACAAGCAAAGUCAGCAACAGGAAAAUAAUCAAAAUCAAAAACCGCUUACACUCGACAAAGAUCAAUCGCUUUUUUUUGCAGAUAACUACACUGACGAGGAUAAUAGCGAAAUUAGCAAAGGUGGCUCUAACUCUAAGGAAAGCUUACGCCACAGGCCGGAUUCGGAGUCUUUAAUAGAAAUGAACGAGAAUAAUCAAUAUGAAGCUCUUAAUAUAACCAAUGAAACGGAGAAAAAUUCAUUGAUGCCACCGACCUGUAGAUCGGAAAGUGAAUCUUCAUGCUUUCUAUUGCCAAAUCAUCCAGAUACACAAACUCCAAAUAUCGGCAGUCAACAACUGACACCUCAGUUGGCGGUACCUCUUAACAACGCAAGAAAUGAGACAAAGAAAAAGAUAAAAUCAAAUAAUCCAUGGAUAGAACUUUUUGCUGAUUUGGAUCCUUUAUUGAAUUUAGAUGCCUUUGAUUUGAAAUUGAGCGGCAAUCAAGAAAAUUUCCAACAAACGUAAAAUAAGAUUUUUAUUUGAUUUUUUUGCGUUCAUUGUCUGUUCCUACGUUAAAUGUCCCUAUGCUUCUUCGCGAAGGCUACUUUGUUUCGUACAGUAUCGAUAUAUACGAAAAUGGAUGACAUGUAAGAUUCAAAAUUGAAAUAUUUAAACAGAAGUAAAAAAUGAGAGUUUGAUAAAUUUGUCGAGUGCAUCUUACUUACGUACUCUUCGCAUGGGUGCAGUAGCAAUUGGCGACGAAAAAUAUUGAUUGAUGGGGAGUGAAACGGAAACAGAAAGAGGAUGGAAAGUGGUGCAAAGGUUAUUUUGCUUUUCAAAAAAUGUCGCCUACUUCUCUGCAUUCCUUGUUAUUUAUUAUCGGUUCUACACUGAAUUCUUGAAUAUUAAUAGAUAUCGUGUGUGUAAUAAUUAAUUCAUUUAAA